CCCAAUUUAUCAUACUCAAGAACAUGUACCUCCUUUAUUUGCACCAACACAUUCUUCAAGCGCUCUGAUUUUAUUUCUUAUCACGGGUGCAACCCUGUGAAAUGCAUUCUGUGCACAUAAUUUGCGAUAUUUGUUCAUUUUUAUUACAAAGCUUAUGGACCGCAAAUAAAACACAGUAAAUAAAACAUUACUGCAUCAGUGACAACAAAAUACCCCUCGUUUGUGUAAAAAUACCUUUGCCAACUCAGUUGCACAGAGCAGCCAGCCGUUCGUUCACCUGUAACAGUGCACCGAUAAAAUAUGAAUAUCGCACGCAUUCUCGGACAUAAUAACAAAAUCUAUCAAAAGUUCGGCGAUUAUUGCAUUACAGAGGCAGAGCCAAAUCAAUGUUGUAUCGUUUGCUGCUUCUGCCAGGAAGAACACCACAGUGAGGAAACUUUCUGGGCGCACAUAAAACGGGUGCAUGACUAUACGCCUACAAGUCUGCGCGUGAUGCUCGAGGAGAAACCAGUGAUAGCUAAUUGUAUGAGAGAUGACAGUGAGAGUCGUGACACAACGCCGAGUUGUCAUAGCGGUAGGCUUACGCUAGCAACGUCCAAAACGAAUGUAGUUCAGCCGGUAGCCAGUGAUACACCAAUGUAUGUGGAAGCAGAAUACCUUGAGGGUGUUGUGUUAAAUGAUCCAAACACGCUCUUGGAACUUACCGAUAUAACGAGUACUUUUCUGGAUUUCAAAGAGAAGACGCCAUGUGAUACACAGAGUGCAACACCAAAAGGCAAUCAAGAAAAGGAGAAUGUACAAAAAAUUGUGAACAAUCAAUUGAAUUCGGAAAUUCAGUCAUCCCGCUUAAAUGGUACUGGUAAAACCCCCAUAGACAUUGAUAGCCUCACACCCAAGCAGCUGUUGGAGAAUGGGAAAUUAUUAAAGCGCCUCUUCCAGCAGAUGCAACACGUCAACAAUGAGUUUAAAUAUAAACUAAAUAAGCUGGCACAGACUGUUAAGCUAAUUGAGUGUGAGCUCAAGAAAGAACCGGGUAGUCGUACGCUAAAACGAUACAUGAAAAUCAUACCAGAUCAGCCAUUUACCAGCCGCGACGAAGUACUUAUAUUGGAUGAUGAGUUGCAUCAUAGCAAAGAGAUGCGUGACGCAUUGCAUGAAGAAACACUGGCGCUACCUAUCGAUAAUGUUGAUUCAUUCUGUCGCAUACUCUGGCGCUUUAUUAUGACAGAUGAAGUAUCAAAUCAGUUCUGCUGGCGGGGGGUUGUAAAUGCGGAUAAAGUGACAAAAUAUCCCAUUAAGGAUAUGACUAUUUUGGACGUGUUUCAAGGUGUUUUUCGUGAGCGAUAUCCCGAACUACCGUUUAACUUCUUCAAGGACCGCACUAUGAUAUACUUCAAUAAGGCACAUGAGCGUUUAAAACGUAAGCAAUUGAACAAAGUUGAUGCUGCUUGUAACGUGGAUAGUAAUGACUGUGAGGUGAAGGAACAGGAAAGAUUUAAGCAAGCGCGUAACGAUACAGAAAAUAAUGAUGAUGGUGUGGAUGCAGUAUUUCAAGAAGUAUUCUGUCGAUGAAACAAAUUGAUUAUUCCAAAAAUGCCGAAAACUGUAACUUUCCAAUAUACUCUUGUUGUUGCUGUUGUACAAGUAACUUUGCCCUGUCAGUGUAGUGUAAUCACCGGUCGUCUUCGUUUAGCUCAUCUAACGGUAGGCCCAUGAAACUAGCUGUUUCAACGGGUUGUGUGCAGAGGGAUUCCAAUAUACUCUCGAGGUGUGCAGUGGCAAACCCGGUACCUCAACUAAAUAGUGGCAAAACUAAGCGCGAGAAAGUGGGCCAAAAGACUUAAAAUAUAAUUUAAUAGUCGUAAUAUGUACACAAAUACAUACAUAUAUGUAUUUGUAUAAAUUGCUGCGCAAAACUUCUGAAGAUUGACAUCCGAACAUUCCAUUGAACAUUCCAGUAAACAACAUUUCCAGGCAAGGCGUUGCAUGUAGUUGAAAAUUUAUGUACUAAACUGUUUUUCUAGUUCCAUAUUUCUUGACGCUCAUUUAUAAAUCGACUGCUAUGUAAGACAAACUUGUAUUUUUUAUAACGACAAAAUUAUACACAAAAUAUAUUAUUUAAACAAAAUCCCUUAGUGUCUCUUU